AAAGAUGAAGCAGCUCGGUAGGAAUUCGAAUUCGCGCCUUUUCUAGACUUUCGAACUGGAAGUUCCUUUGGGGCGCUUCGCCCGUCGACCGCGCGACGGCACCACUAUGUAGCUGCGUCUGCGUCGCGCAACGCGUCGCGACGUACUCUGUGGUGUAUGUACAUACUUCGUUCAUAUACGUGCAUCGUACGCAUACGCGAUCGCACCUGCGAUAGGGUUUGAAUCUCACCUACGACUGAGAGAGAGAAAGAGAGUGCCGCGUGCCGCUCUACGUACGGCAAAACUCGCAAACGGACGACAACGACGACGACGACGACAGUGACUAUCGACGGUGCCGUGUUCUGUGAACAAUCGCACGGUUUUCCGAUGCAUGCGACGCGCGCGUUCUGAGGACGUUCGCGUCCCGACACAACGCGUGGUGCGGACUCGCCGCGACACUUUAUGCUCAGGUGACCCCCCGCGCGAUCACGACUUUCUCCAACCUCGUUGCGGCGGCGUGCGAUCGUCCGGCCCCGGGAAGCGGACAGACACAAUUCGCUACGUCCCUGUGCCCGUCGCCGUCGGCGACGACGUCGUCAGAGGAGAAAGCCUUCGCCGUCGUACGCAGUUAAGCUCUUUGAGACGGAAUGGGUAGCAGUGGCCAGCUCUACAGUUUGUCCUGGGGAGAGUUCAGCUCCUCUCUGGCCUCUGCGGUUCAGCUGUUGAGGGGAGACGGCGAUUUGGUGGACGUCACCUUGGCUGCUGGCGGACGCAGCUUUCCUGCACAUAAGAUUGUUCUCUGUGCGGCCAGUCCAUUUCUGUUGGACUUGUUAAAGAGCACGCCAUGCCAGCAUCCAGUGGUUAUGCUGGCUGGAAUUGAAGCGGCUGACUUGGAAUCUUUGCUGGAGUUCGUAUACCGAGGAGAGGUGAGCGUUGAGCCAGAGCAGUUGCCGUCUUUACUGCAGGCGGGCCGUUGUCUGUGUAUCCAUGGAUUAUCACCUCCAACUGUAGUAACAGAGAGUGGAGAAGAAGUUCCUGUAUCUGCGAUACCAACACCGACGAAUGAUGGAUUAUCGAGGGUCAAUUCCUAUUAUCCGCUGAAACGCAGAAAAAAGAGGAGGAAGUCGUCAACGUCUUCAGGAAAGUGGCAAUGUACUGGUAAUACCACUGACAGCGAGGGCAGGCCUUUGGAUGACAACAGCAGAACAAUGCCUUAUGAAAACAAGGAUGACGACACUAUGGAUCAGACCGAUGAUGCAGCGGGCGACUGCCUGGUCGGAAACUACGCGAACAACCAUCAGGGUGGCAGUCAUUCUCCGCGACUUCAAGAGUCAUCCGUCGCGGACAAUCAUCAGGCGGCGCAUCAGGAUCACAUUUCGGAUGGCGAAUCGCACCUGCAUACGCUGAUGCCGAUGCAGUUCUCACCGUUGCACAUACCGCAGUUCCACAGUUCCCUCAACAUAGGUUUCCCGUCCGGUUUGGCGUUGUCCGGCCUGUCUGUUGCGGCUACUCAGACGGCGCCGAUCAGCUCGAUGACCGGAAACACGUUGACCGCAAGCGCGAAUCAUUCGAAGGCACGCGGCGCCUCCGAUUGUCCAGGCGUUUGUCCGUUCUGCGGCGCGACUCUGCGUCAGGCGCGAAAUCUACGUAGGCAUUUGAUAUCCUCGUGCAAGCACCGGUUCAAUAACUCCGUGGCAGCUGCAAUGGCGACGACGCAAAAUACGGACUAUGCGAUGGUAGAAAUUAAGCCUGAUAUUAAGCCUGAAAUUGAUGAGCAUGAUGAUUACAACAAUCAGUCAUCGGUGACGUAUGGAACUGACAACGGUAGUAACGAUUGCGAACAGAUAGUGUGCAAUCCUACCCUGCCGUCGCCGACGUCACACGAGCCCGAGAGCGCAAUAUCAUCGCCGAGCAGCAUCCCGUCGCCGACAAUCGCCAGAUAAAUAUACAGGAAACGGACUCGGCAGAAGUAUCGAGACGAUUGACGUUUCAUAGUUAAUUUUCUUGCGGAUUCCGUUUGGUUGUCGAAUUGUGUUUUACAGUGAUGCGAUACUAGAGAUCGUGGUGAGUGGUAUGUGGCGCGUUACGUAAGAGAGCAGAGAUGAAAAAUAUUUUGCAGUACUUGUACGUAUGUAAAACAUUUACACGAACGGUUAUUUGUAAUUAUGAGCGUACGUAACUAGGUCAAAAGUUCGGAAUAUAUUUGCGCGUUUAAUUUUAUACGAAGAAUCUUCCACAUUAAUGCAUAAGAUAAGUACUAUAGGAUUAAUCGACGCAGGUUUAAGUAUAAUGAGUAAAGCCGUAUCGUGAAAUUAUCGUUAUUCUUUUACCAUCGACUUACACGAUAAUCAGGGUUUCGUGUGACUGUGCAAUUCAACUUCGUCCACCGCACUUUAUUUUACUGCCUCCUUUUUAAUUCCUCCUUACCAUAGAAUGGUCUAAUAGUAAUACAUUUCUAAGAAUACGGGCUACCGCUCACAAAUACCAUUUCAUGAUGAAAGCGAGGAUCUUCCAGCAGCCACAAAGUAGAACUAAUCGGCGUACAUUCCCGUUUUGCAAUGAUAUGCUGCGUGCGUGGACUGUUGACAAUAGUACAUACACAAAACCGCUAGUAUUUUAAUUGAGAAAGAAAUAAGAUAAUGGGUAUAAUGAUGUAAUAUCCAGUUUCUUUUCUUUUUCAAUAAAGCGUAAGGUACGUGAUAAUACUA